UGUUGUGUGUUCGUGCUUCUUCGGUGAGCUAGGUGGACUUUAAACAACUUUUUAAUUGUUUUUUUUUCUCAUCUAAAUACUAAUCCUGUGAAACAAACAUGGUUAAGGGUCCAGGUCGUAUGAAGAGUGGUUCCGCAAAGAAAGUCAAGAGAUGGAAGAAGGGCCAGAGCUGUGUGAGCAACCCGGCGAAGAUGAAUCAUCGCCAAGCGGCCGCCAACAACCGAUUCCUACCGGGACCUGCGCGUCGAUCACCCGGUGCUUUCGGAAGAGGAGGCGGUGGAAUGCAAUUGACAGCGAAAGCUUUGGCCCAUCACAAUGACGAAUCUACAGAUUUCAGCCUCGGCGGAGACGACAUGGAAUCAACCGGUGGUGACACCAUGAAGACCUUCUUGAGUGGUGUCAGUGAUUGCUCCAAUCCAGCUUUCUACAAAGUCAAACGUUACUGGGAGUCCAACGCAGCGUCACACAAAGAGGUUUGUGCCGUCUUGGCUGCAGUGACUGAGGUCAUCAGAGAGCAAGGAGGCAAAGAAACAGAAACAGAAUACUUCGGCGCUUUGAUGACUGCUGUGGACAAUGUAGAUAGUGAAGAAUCGCUGUCGGCAAUUCUCUUUCUUAUUAGCCUCGUCAUUAAAAGACUUCCAACCUCGGUGCUUCGUCUGAAGUUUUCACAGAUCAGCAAAUCUUUCUUAGAUAUCUUAGCGUCGCAAAUGCACCAGAACGGGACUACAUUACUGAGAUCCUGCCUAGUAUGCCUCAGUACGACCCUAAGGCAGCAGGAUUACAGUACGUGGGGAGAGUCUUCUACCAUGCAUGUAUACCAAGGUCUACUCAGCUAUACCAUCCACCAAAAACCAAAGGUGCGUAAGGCAGCUCACCAUGCUGUCUGUGCCAUUCUAAAAGGCAGUGGUUUCAUGCUUGUAGACGAUGCUCCCUCCCACCACCCUGCUGCUGGCCCAACAGCUAAGUUCUGCAUAGAGGAAAUACAGGCAUGUGGAGGAACCGGUGAAGUGGCGACUACCAUGCACGUAUUGGGUCUUCUGAAAGAGGUGAUGUCGUGUCUGCCGCAAAGCAGUUUGAAAUUGGCCUGUGAAACGAUCCUACGACUGAUGACAUUGAGUAAUGUGUUGAUGACGUCUGUGUGUAUGCAAGCCCUUCAUGGGAUGUUCAUAGCCAAACCCAAGGCGUCUUACCUCCCAGCCAGUCUCAAUGCUCAACUCAUCAAUGCAUUAUACGAUUACCAGCCGGGAGAGAAUGAUGUACAACCCAUGCAGGCGUGGCUAGCUGUCAUGGAAGCUGCUCAUACUAACCUUGCAAGACUUGACCAGAAGCUGUGUGUAAGUCAUCUACCUCGAAUAAUGAACGCGGCAAUGAACUGUUUUUUAUCGAAACAGUCGGAAAUCACUGUCAAGGCAUCCAAGACAAUCCAGACCCUGUUGUACGAGUGCGUUAAACCAGCCAGGGACUGGCUAGCUACAGAGCUGACUAAAGGCUCCUCCACACCAAUACAUAAGAUGUUCCAAACUGCUGAGGGCGGUCUAUCCUACAAGUAUCACUCCUCCUGGGGCCAGGUGCUGCAGAUACUGAGAUCCUUCUUUGAGGUUAUUGGUAAGGAAGGUUGCCAUUUCAUGAAGAAGUGUCUUCAGUCCAUGUGCGAUCUGAGAACUACGCAUCACUUUUCCUACACCCAAGAGCUUGAUCGCGCUGUAGGGAUGGCUGUCCGUACCAUGGAACCAUCGUUUGUUCUGGCUGCUGUACCUCUGCAGAUUACUGGGGAUGAAGAUAACUAUAACUUUCCUCGGAGCUGGCUUCUGCCUGUCAUCAGAGACAAUGUCUGUAACACCAAGCUGCAGUUCUUCACCAAGUAUUUCCUACCCCUGGCUGCGAGGCUUAAAGCAAAAGCCAUGGACUGCAGCCAUCAAGGUCGUAAGGUCGAGGGUAAAACCUACGAUAUUCUAGAGGCCCAGCUAUGGUCUCUACUACCAGGAUUCUGUAAAGACCCUGUAGAUAUCAGUCCUGCCUUCAAGGGGAUCGCUCGUAUCCUUGGAUCGGCCCUCAGCGACAGACCUGAGCUAAGAUAUGAUGUAUGCGCCGCCAUCCGACAUCUUGUCACAAGAAAUUUGGAUAAAGAAGAGAAUCGUGCAGAGGUGGCUCGCUUUGCCAAGAAUUUCCUGCCCAUUUUCUUCAACAUCUACACCAGUGGAAACUCAAGAGAAGACACUACGCUGGCUGCUGUUCUUGAGACUGCUAAGGUGUACUUCAAGAUUGCCGACCCAGAGCUGAUUAUUGGCUUAUUUGAGAAGCUUUCCGCUAAGCUAUCGGUGGAGACAGCAGACCACCAUCCUCUAAUGGACCUGGCCAUUGCUCUGACUCCCCAUCUCGAUGAGAAACAUAUGAAGAAGAUGUUUGAGAUCGUCAGUAAACUUCUCACAAGCACCCACCGCACAAUGCAGAAGAAAGCAUACCGCAUAAUGGAACACCUGUGCGAUGGUUCCACGGAGGCGGGGCGCCAGUUUGUAUCAUCACACCUACUGGAGCUUCAAGAGACACUCGUCACUUCACUCUCCAGUUCAUCACCGGCCUCCAAAGGGCCCCGCAUGAAAUGUCUGAUUCACAUCAUUCACGUCCUUCCCUCGGAAAACCUGGACUUCCUUGAAACGAUCAUACCAGAGAUCAUUCUUUGCACCAAGGAGGUCAACUCUAAGACAAGGGGCACAGCCUUUGAGCUCUUGGUUGACCUUGGCAAGGCAAUGAUGAGAUGGUCAGAGGAACCAAAAGAAGCUUGUGUGGGUCGCUAUAUUGGGAUGCUGUCAGCUGGUUUAGCUGGUUCCCCGCAGAUGAUUAGUGCUACUGUGCAAGCUCUUACACGAGUUGUGUAUGAGUUUAAAGAUGUUGUACAAGGGUCCUUCAUGAGUCAGAUGAUGGAGGGAGUGUGCAGUCUACUCCAGUCCAAUGCAAGAGAAGUUCUUAGCGCCACCCUCGGUCUCGUUAAGGUCCUUGUUGCUAUCUUGGAGGACGUCACUAUGGCGCAGUAUGUGGAACCACUGAUAUUGCACCUUGGGAGGAUGGGCAAUGCCAACCAGAGGAAUCUACGUGUACCAGUACGCUCAAUAUACACCAAGUUUGUCAGAAAGUUUGGGUACGAGAUGAUCUACAAACUUGUCCCUGACGCUCAGCAGAAGAUGUUACAUAACAUUCAAAAGCGGCAGGAGCGGACUAAGAGACAUCGAGCCUUGAAGGAGAGCCAGCAAGCUGAACUUGAUGAGGAAGAGGAGGAGAAUACAGCCCUCGCACCUCAAAAACCAAAACCUAAAAGUAUCGAAGAGCUCCUUCAAGAUUCUGAGUCUGAAACCGAUGAGGAGGAUGAUGACAAAGCCAAGGGUAAAGGUCAGAAGGUCAAAGGUCGUAAGAGCAAGAAGCACCAAGCCAGGGAGCAGGGAGCAGCAUGGCUGAAGGAGGGGCAAAGUGAAGAGGCGCCGCUAGACUUCCUUGAUCCGAGUGUCUCCAGAAGAGUUCUGGCCACAAAGCCUGAAGAAAAGACAGAGAAAUCAUACACAGGGGUCAAACACAACUUCAAGACAAUGCCAGACGGUCGUCUUAUCAUCACCGAGCCGAACGACGACGAGGAUGGGCAGGAAGGGAAGAAGUCUGGGCCGGGGAAGAAGAGAAAAGGGAAGGCGUCGGAGGAGGCAGAUGAGUUAGAUGAGAUGAUGGAUGAGGAACUAGCUGCAAGGAAGACAAAUCGGAAAAGAAAGAUGGAAGAUUUCAGCAUCAGUGAUGAUGAAGACGAGACACCCAACAAAUACCAAGCUGGUGGGAGUGGAAUCCACAGACCGAUUGCUGUUGCUAAGCGGACAUUAAAAGAGCCUGGAGCGGAGUACAAGGCAAAGAAAGCCAAAGGUGACAUCAAGAAGAAGAACAAAGAUGAUCCUUAUGCCUAUCUGCCUCUCAACAGACAACAGCUCAAUCGAAGAAUUAAAGCAAAGUCUGGAGGCCUUUGGAAGAAAGUGGCUCCAAAGGGGAAGAGGGGUACAAAGCAGGCUCAAAAGGGUCACAAGAAAAGAUGAGGCGCAUUCCGAUAAGUCCAUUGACAUUGUAAUACUGAAGCUUUCAUUAACACAUUGUUAGAAUUUGAGCUUUUUAUCCAUUAAAUGUUUACGUUGGGAAUGCUCCAUUAAAGGAAGAGGCUUAAAAGACGCAUUUUUGUCUGGCAACUUACAACGGUUAUCUGCAUGUAAUUGGUAUUCCAAACAGUGGAUUUAGUGGGGGACUCGUGGGAUGCUAGGUAGCAGCAGACUUACCACGUAAAUCCAUCGUUCUCAGAACUGCGUAAAAAAUGGAAAUUUACCUGGUUAAGCCCGUUUCAUACUUUGUGUAAAUACAAAUGUCUUACGGACUUUGACGACACAAAUUUUCAACAAAUAGUUUGCAGUAGUUGACUUGUGCUCAGCUUCAAAAGAAAACAGCCAUGUGACGUCACAU